CAGCUCAAAGCCCCGUCGUGACUGGUCCGAGCCGUAGUCGCUUUCCGCGGCGAUGAGCGGGGACAACGCCCGCGGGGUAGGCAUGAAGGCGUCCGUGGUGACCACGGCGGCGGCUGCUCCUGCGAUGGAGCCGGGCCCUUCCGUGUCGCCGGGGCCUUCGCGCUCCUUCAAAGAGGAGCUGCUGUGCGCCGUGUGCUACGACCCGUUCCGCGACGCGGUGACGCUGCGCUGUGGCCACAACUUCUGCCGCCGGUGUGUGAGCAGCUGCUGGGAGGUGCAGACGACGCCCUCGUGCCCGGUGUGCAAGGAACGAGCGGCGCCCGGGGAGUUGCGCACCAACCACACGCUCAACAACCUGGUGGAGACCCUGCUGCGCGAGGAGGCCGAGGGCGCGCGCUGGACGGGUCGCCGGUCCCCGCGCCCCUGCCGUGCGCACCGCGCCCCGCUCACGCUCUUUUGCCUGGAGGACAAGGAGCUGCUGUGCUGUGCCUGCCAGGCCGACGCCCGGCACCAGGAGCAUCGCGUGCAGCCCAUCAAGGACACUGCGCAGGACUUUCGGGCCAAGUGCAAGAACAUGGAGCAUGUGCUGCGAGAGAAAGCCAAGUCUUUCUGGGCCCUGAGACGCACCUAUGAGGCCAUCGCCAAGCACAAUGAGGUGCAGACAACUUGGCUGGAGGGCCGCAUCCGGGAUGAGUUUGACAAGCUCCGAGAUUUCCUGAGGGUGGAGGAACAGGCCACCCUGGAUGCCAUGAAGGAAGAGAGCAGAAAGAAGCACCUGCUGGCUGAGGAGAAGAUGAAACAGCUGGCAGAGCAGACCGAGGCGCUGGCUCGUGAGAUUGAGCGUCUGCAGAUGGAGAUGAAGGAAGAUGACAUGACCUUCCUCAUGAAACACAAGAGCCGAAAACGCCGGCUCUUUUGUACCGUGGAGCCCGCUCCUCUCCAGCCUGGCCUGCUUAUGGAUGCAUGCAAGUAUCUGGAGUCCCUGCAGUACCGUGUCUGGAAGAAGAUGCUUGGGUCUGUUGAGUCUGUGCCCUUCAGCUUGGAUCCCAAUACAGCUGCCGGCUGGCUCAAAGUGGCUGAUGACCUCACGAGUGUCAUCAACCAUGGCUACCGUGUGCAGGUGGAGAAUCCAGAGCGCUUCUCCUCAGCACCCUGCCUGCUGGGCUCUCAAGUUUUCUCGAAGGGCUCCCACUCUUGGGAGGUGGAUGUGGGUGGCCUGCCGAGCUGGCGAGUGGGUGUGGUGCGGGUGCAGGCCCACGCGCAGGCGCAGGCUCAGGCUGAUGUCGGUGGUGAAGGCCACUCACACAGCUGCUACCAUGACACACGCUCGGGCUUCUGGUACCUGUGCCGCACGCAGGGUGUGGAUGGAGACCACUGCAUGACUUCAGACACAGCCACAGCCCCUCUGGUGCAGGCUAUGCCGCGCCGCCUGCGUGUGGAGCUGGAGUGUGAGGAGGGUGAGCUGUCCUUCUAUGACUCGGAGCGCCACUGCCACCUGUACACCUUCCAUGCCCACUUCGGGGAGGUGAGGCCCUACUUCUACCUGGGGGCCUCUCGGGGCGAUGGUCCCCCAGAGCCUAUGCGCAUCUGCCACCUGCGUGUCUCCAUCAAGGAAGAGCUGGACAUCUGAGCUGCUGGAGUCUGCUGGACACUGGGCUGCGGGCCUGUUCUGUCCCAGAAUCUUUCUGUAGCCCACCACUGACACUCACGCAGCGUCCUCCAUCCUGUCUUACCUUUUCUGUAGCUCCAAGUCCUCCUAUGCCUCUGGCUUUGUUUUUUGGUCCUUUUUCUGCCCAAAGUUAAGAGCCACCCAGGAGAUGUUUGGCUGAGCCUCGGCUCUGUCUAGAGUCAAGGCACCUUCAGGAUAUGGGUUUCCUGUUUUCCUUUGUCCUGGAAUUGCUGGUGAUAAUGUUUUCUUGUAGGAUGGACAUUAUAAUAUAGUUGUAACUAUUUUUAGAGACUUUUAGGCCAGCCUAUCAGGAGAUGCCUCUUGUUGAGUCAUUUUGUUGUUUAUGUUUCCCAGAAGAGGGCCUUGUUAGGCCAUACAGGGAAGCCCUAGGAUUAGUUGAGAUAGGAGUGGGCAAAGCCUUUACCCAGACUCUCCUAUCCCAGUGGGACAAGCAAGGGAUUGGCUGGCCUAACUGAGCAGCAUGUCUUUGGCAGUUGGUCUGACGCCCCAAGAGUUCCCCAGUUAUUCCAGCACUGACUAGAAACUAGGGUGUGGGGUGCUCUGGAAUACAGCUCAGAGUUAGUGGGUGUCACAGAAAAAGCAGUCUAGGGCUUUCGUUAGUGGCUAAGGAUUGGCAAGUUUCAAGUCUGUGGCAAAGAGGCCAAAGCAGCAGAAUGCAGUGAGUGAGAAGAUGGCUGGGCUCAGGCAGGAGCCCAAGCUCUGCUUCUCAUUCUGAAGGAAAGCUUCCUGUUGGCAUGGCAUUGGCCCUGCUUGGUCAAUUCAUGCUUUGAAAGUUUCCUCUGACUCCGUCCAAAGGUUCUAGAAUAGUUUUUUAAAAAAGUUUUUGCCCCUUCUCUGGGCUUCUUUUUCCACUUCUGUGAAUUGACAGUAGUCCUUGAAAGUCACAAGAAGUUACAAGAAGGGGCCUCACAGGGUAUGCUGUGUCAGCCAGAACUGUUGGUCCGGGAGGCCCCAGGUUGGAACCUGGCAUCCUGGGACGGGAGAGCCCCUCCCUUGCUGCCCUCGUCCUCAUUGGCCUCAGCCCACUUGUUUUUGUUCUGUUUGCCAGGUUUUACCCUUUGUGUACGCCUCCACCUUUUCUUUCUCAGUCAUGCCUAUAGAUGGAGCUGACUGCCAGCUAGCCAAGUCCCAAGUGCAUUGUCAUAAUCAGGGACACAUUACUGAGCUGGGACCUGGCAUCCCAAUUUCAGCCUGCACCCCUCAUUACAUAAGAUUGUUGUUUUAAAUCAUGCCACUUGCCCACUAAUUACAUAUAAAUGGGUCAUAUGCAUUGAUUAUCUAGCAAGUGAGGACAUGAAAGGAACACUGGUGCAGGCCAGGCUGGGAGCGGGGACAGUGUUGGCAAGCCAGCAUGGGUCAGAUGGUUGGGCACCAUGGUUUCCAAGCAGGUGCAAAAGGCUAUGCCCGGUGUGGCAUGUUCAGAUUCUCUGUAAGAAACUUUUAAAAUAUUUUUUAUUUUCAUCUUAAUUCUUUUUAAAUAGGGUCAUUUCAAUGACCUAGAUUCUUUUAGGAAAAUUUUACUUAACUCACAAUUGCUAUGUUUCUUUCAUUGCUUUUGUAAACACAAAUUCCUGUUGUAACUUGUACCUGACUCGCUCCUUCCCACUGUAAGAUUUCAUUGUGUGCAGUGAAUGUACUGUUUAAUUUGUUAGUUGAUGGAAAUUUGGCUUGUUGCAGCUUCUUUUUAGCUAUUCUGAGUACUGCUGCUAUGAAAUUUGUGUGCAAGUUUUGUGUGGACUCUUCUUUUUUGAUUGUCAUAUACCUUGCAGUCUCUUUUCCAGGUCAUAUGAUAAUUAUUUUAAACCCUUUGGGGACUGGCCAAGCUGUUUCUAAGAAUGUACUGCUGCUACUCCUACUGGCAGCAGGUGAGGCUGGGCUGUAAUGCAUUCUUGUCAGCACUGUCUGCCCUCUGAUGGCCAUCCUGGCAAGGAUGGAGCGUGUCUCAUGUGGCCUUAGUUGCCCUCGCUGACAGCUGAUAGUGGAGCAUCUUUUCUCAUGUUUGCUGUGUAUCUGCCUCAGAGACUUCAGAGUCCUUGCCCAUUGGGUUGUGUGUCCUUUUAUUAUGAAGUUUUACAAGUUCAUUAUGCAUUCUAGAUAAAAGUUCCUUUGUCAGAUAAAUGACUUAUAAAAACUUUCCUCCUAAUUCA